UUGGUUGCAUGGAGAUAAAUAUUGCCGCCUUAAUCUUGGUAUUGCUUUGGUUCCAGGAGCACCUCCCAUAAGACAUUGUUUAUGCUACAUCUUUGGUUUGUGCUACAUCUUGUAAAGUAUCCUUGAUUUCUGCCCCCUUUUGUGGCACAAUAUCAAAGUUUUUUUUACAUAAAUAACCGUAUGGGCUUACAGAUAACCUAUAAAGCAUACUUGAUUUUUAUUAUCAUAUUCUGGGUUGGCUUCAAGACUAUGAGACCUCUUGUAAGUUAAGAUGGCAAACGGAGUCCUUUGACAUUACAACCAGCAAUAUGAAGCAAAUCAGAAUUUCAAUAAUAAAAUUUGGGCUGGCAGAUGUGACAACUUAACGCGUACUCAUUUGUCACCGAAAUUAUCGAGCCUCUUGUUUCUAACUCCAAUCAAACCUAUAAGAAUACGAACAAAAACAUAAUAAAGCCAACAGAAGUGCACAUCCUAUAAGAACACAUACCUUAGGCGCAUUUCUCUCUGCCCCAGUCAAGCAAUACAGAAGGAGAAAGUUUCGGAGAGAAAACUACAGGAGAUGGAGAAGACGGUGAUGAUUAAAAGUGGAGAGAGCAAAAGGAGCCAACUCAUGGCAGAAAAUCAGUUCCCAAGAACUCAUUAUGUCAAGAGACGGCGAAGAGAGCCUUAUGCAACUGCACUUAAUGAUGCUCCAAGUGAUCAGGUGCAACAGCAGUCGCAGCCACAGUUACAGGGUGAUCAAAAUUUAAGUACUAGCACUGUGAAAAGAAGUUCAAGAUUUCGUGGUGUAAGCAGACAUCGAUGGACUGGUCGAUUUGAAGCUCACCUGUGGGACAAGUUCUCUUGGAACGUAACACAGAAGAAGAAAGGGAAGCAAGUUUAUCUCGGGGCUUACGAUGAAGAAGAAUCAGCAGCAAGAGCGUACGAUUUAGCUGCACUUAAGUACUGGGGAACAUCAACUUUCACUAAUUUUCCGAUAUCAGAUUAUCAGCAAGAGAUAGAGAUAAUGGAGACGAUGACCAAAGAGGAGUACUUGGCUACUUUAAGAAGAAAGAGCAGUGGCUUCUCAAGAGGCGUCUCUAAGUACAGAGGCGUUGCAAGGCACCACCAUAAUGGUAGAUGGGAAGCAAGGAUAGGAAGAGUAUUUGGAAACAAAUACCUCUACCUUGGCACUUAUAGCUCCCAAGAGGAAGCCGCGCGCGCUUAUGACAUAGCAGCCAUUGAGUACAGAGGGAUCCAUGCUGUGACAAACUUUGAUUUGAGUACUUACAUAAGAUGGUUGAAGCCUACAAGAGAAAACAUCCAAGAAGCAAUACCUGAAUGUCAGGUGGUACCAGAGGCUCAGGCGGAGACAUCCCCACCUAUCUACACUCCAAAAGAGGAGAAGAAAUCCAUGACCCUUCAAAGUAAUUCUUUCACAGCUUACCUGAACUCCCCUUGUACGCAGGAUUUACUUGAAAGCAAAACCCAUUUGAUCUCGAGCGAUAGGGCAUCUUCUCCUACUGCCCUCGGCCUUCUUUUUCGAUCCUCAAUAUUCAGAGAACUAGUCAAAAAGAACCCAAACAUAUCUGGACAUGAAAGUGAUGGAGAAGACACAAGAUCAAGGGAUUUACAGCAGCUGACGGGUGAUGGCGAGUUAGGUGGGAUCUUCUAUGAUGUAAUUGGCAAUGAUGACCUGUUUGUCUGCGAUACCAGCAAGUACAGCUCAGGAUUGCAAGAAAGAAACUUCCAGGCCCUUCUAUGAACAGAGAAGGUAGGUUUCUGGAGAAUAAUGCCAUGCCUCGGUGUGGAUUCGAGUACCAAACAAUCCACAACAUUACGGAUGAAAAAUUGUGGAUCAAUAUUUGUGAAUAACGAAACUAAAAACCUCCUCUAUAUAUGUAGAGAGAUAAGUUGCUCUCAGUUUUGGAGACGUACAGUUUCACAAUGUAGUGAAAUUCAACGCUCCUUUGCACCGGGUUAUGUAAAUGGAAGCCUAGUUACGAUUUUGUUUACCGAGAAACUGCCAGCUGCUCAUCCAAAGUGUGAAUGUUCUCAAAAUUUUGGAAAAGGUUAUCGUUCUUAAAAAAGUAAUACUGUGCUAAUUUACAGAUCAUUGUUCAUUUGGACAGAAAAUAUUCUCACAAAAUGAAAAUGUGUAACAGUAUGAAUCCUUCACCUAAGAUAUUUAAUGAUGCGUCCUUCACAAAAGUUCCAUGUUCACCCGGCAACUCCAAAUAAUUGAACAGCGGGGAUGCGCUAGCAUGAGAUGCAGCAUGCAAGAAGGAAAUCUAUUAAUCACAAGUAAUUCAGCAGCUCAGCGGCUAAAAGCUGGAGUAACAACCUUUUUUUUAAAAAAAAAAUCAAAAUUACCACAUGAUUCAUCUGGAUCACUCAUCAAUCUUUCACUCGCAGAACAGAAUCCAGUCACUUAGAAUUCAGCUCAAGUAACAAGCUGUAA